UCAGAGGAAUACAAGCCAUAUAUGUUCUGGAUGACCAUGAUAGAUGCCUUCUACCAAAGCCUGGUCUGCUUCUUUAUUCCCUACUGUGCCUAUGCUGACUCUGAUGUGGACUUGUUGACCUGGGGAACCCCCAUCACCACCCUGGCUCUGUUUACUAUACUGAUACACCUGGGCUUGGAGACCAAGACCUGGACGUGGAUGAACUGGGUGUCCAUCACCUUCAGUGUGGGUCUCUUCUUUACUGUGGCUCUGUGUUACAACGCUUCCUGUCCCACAUGCUACUCCCCCUCCAACCCUUACUGGACCAUGCAGAGACUUCUGGGGGAACCGCUCUUCUACCUGCUCUGUGUCAUCACUCCUGUAGCCGCCCUGCUGCCCAG